GCAUCGUAUUGUAAAGCCCAUCUUCACGACGUGAUUUUCUCCCCUUCUAUUCUCUAGUUCUACUUCCUCUUGUCUUGUAUAAUCUUUAUCGGCCGGUCCGUUUCUAACUCCUAAUCGAUCGAUUAAUCGACAAUAUCGAUUCUCUACCACGCACCCUCCACUCUCACACAAGAUGCACAAACUCAUCCUCACCACCCUCUCCCUCGCCGUCCUCACAACAGCCUCCCCCUUCGCGCAGCCCAUCCCACAGCGAAAAGGCAGCGGCCGCGUACAAACCGCGGCCCAACAGGCCGCAAAGGUCCCCGCGGGAAUAUCCACCGCAACCGACGGGUCCACGAUCCUCGACGACACAGUGAUGGUAAACGGGCUACCGAUUCGCUUCAGAAUCGCCGCGCCAGCUGACCAGUUUCUUCCCGCGUCCGGCGUGCCCGGCGCCGCUGCCACUUCUGCGAACGGCACCUUGGGCGCAAAUGUACUGCUGCACGGCGACGGGGGUCAGUCUUUCUUCGACCUGCCGAAUCAAGCUGUGCAGGCAAACACCAUGGGCGUUGCGCUCCUCGCACCGAACGACAAUCUGUUCUGGGGCGGGGGGUCGGGCCUGCAGCGUACUGAUGGCGUCGCACACGCUCAAGCCGUCAACGAUUGGAUACAGACUGAGAUGCCGAAGCGAGUGGCUGUGAAUAUGAGCGCUGUGGUAUUCACAGGCGUCAGCGGUGGAUCGUUGUUGAUGAGCGGGUUCUUCAUCCCGGCGCAGAUGCAGAACUAUGCAAACAGCGCUGUGGAGUUGAAUUGCGGUGGGAUGGCUCCCCAAUCUGCUGUGAAGAAUGCCGCGCAGGUCAUGGCGCAGACGCGCAUUCACUUCCAAUCCACGCAGUCUGAGCUCAAGCUCCUCCAAGGUAGCAUCCCACAAUCUGUUGCAGCAUACGAGCAACUCGCCGCAGAUGCAGGCAUGACACCCGACCAGAUCAGCGCUAUGCAGACGGUGGACAACACGCCAGCGGGCGGACACUGCGAGUUUGAUGGGCAGGAUUUCGUCACUGGGGUGCAGACUAUGUUGACAAGUUAUUCGAACGUGGUGCAAGGGGGCGAUGGCGUGGUAACGGGGUUGGGCACGCCAAGUACGGGAAAGGUUACGACGGGAGUGGUGGGAAAUGAAAAGUUGACGUUUGCGGGUGGGCGGAAGAGGGAUUCUGAGAUGGAGAGCAUGGUGAGAAUGAGAUGGGCGUAGGAUACCGAUUUUGUUGUCGAGUCGGAUGUGUAAACGCGUGCGUACGAUAGGAAGUCGUGGCAGCUCUAGAUACGCGAAUCAUUAGCAUGUCACAAU